AUGUUAUUCUUGAAGAUUUUACUUUUACUAAAGAUAGUACAUUGCCGAUAUGACGAAAACUUAUUAUUAACCCGUCUACUGGAUGGCUACCGCCUUGAAUUCCACAAGUCCACCGACUGCCCUCUAACAGAAGAACUAGGAAGGACGCUUUUUGAAUUAGACCCUCUGAACGAACAAGCAGUGCCGAAUUCUUGUGUUCGAUAUGUUGAAGACGGAUUUGCGAAAUACAACUCAAUGGUCCGUCCAGUUGCGAAUUUUUCACAGGCGCUUGAUGUUGCGAUGGAAUUGACGCUCCUGCAGAUUAUUGAGCUCAAUGAGAGGGAUCAAUAUCUGAUGACUUCGAUGAUGUAUUCAUUCAAUUGGACCGAUACCUACCUUACCUGGCGGCCGAGCAUGAACGGCGGCGUCGACAAGAUCGUCAUUGCACCUUCAAAAAUCUGGACCCCAGACAUUCUCCUUUAUCAAAGGUUUCGGCUUGGAGUGAAUAAUUCUCUUAUCCAAGAUGGCUUCGACUCCAAAUUCGCUUCAAACAUCGAAUGCUACUCUAAUGGAGCUUGCCUUUGGCUUCCUCCUGCGAUCAUUCAGAGCUCUUGCGAGGUCGAUAUGACAUUCUUUCCUUUCGAUACUCAAGAAUGCGUGAUGAAAUUUGGCUCCUGGUCGUAUACAAAGAAUUACUUGAACAUUAUGAUCAACAAUCCCACAAACGCCAUCGUUGGCGGAGGGCAGAAAGGAGAGAUUCUGAUUGAUCCAGCACAGUAUAUCAAGUCCACUGAAUGGGAAAUCGUCGGAAAAGAGUGCAUGCUUAGUGAGACUCUCUACGAAUGCUGUCCAAAUUACUAUCAAGAUAUCACUUACAAGCUCAAAUUGAAGCGUUACGUCUUUUAUCCGACCCUUACAUUGGUUCUUCCUUGCGUAAUGACUGCGAUGCUGAUUGUAUUGACCUUUGUGCUGCCUCCAGAUGCUGGUGAAAAAGUUGGAUUGAAUAUCACGAUCUUGCUGGCUAUGGUCGUUUUCAUGGACCAAUUAUCACAACAAACACCACCAAUGCCAUCAAGUCUUCCUGUUAUCGGCCAGUUUUUCGUCGCUUCCAUGAUCAUCAUUGCUGUUUCAAUGUUUUCAACGAUCUUUUGCCUCAAGCUUCAUCAUACUCAAGGCAGAGAAGCUAGACAAAUGCCGAAAUGGGUUCGAUUUUUACUUUUGGAUAUUAUGCCCAUCGUGCUGUUUAUUCAUCCCCCUCCCGAUCCACCUGUUGAUUUGGACGAAGAAAACGCAAAGCAGGAUCUUAUUGAAUUCAGUGGCAAUUCAGAGUUUUACUUUAUUUAUAAAGAGCUUAAAUUUAUAUCCGAUCGCAUGAGAGAGCAAGACAACGAUGGAUCGUAUGAAGAUGAGUGGAAAUACGCCGCACUGGUCCUAGAUAGGGCGUGUGCUUGGCUUUUUCUCGGCGGCCUGAGCAUUUCAUUCCUUGCCACAAUCUGCUCCGCCCCGGGAAUCUUCUACUCAAUCGAAAGCCACUGA